AUGGGGCACACUGGGUCCCACGUGUCAGUAUGUACUGAUUUCUUUCUUCUCUCUGUACCCUUCUCCCUUAUCAGCCAUUGCCGCCGACGAAGGAGCUUCGCGUGGUGGCAGAGUGGCGGGACGGAGUGGGGGGCGGUGGCGGGCGGACGGCGGCGCGAAGCCGACGGGGCGGACGCGCAGGGCGGCGGAGCUCCCGUCCGCGUGCGGUUGCGACUCGGCGGCAACCGGCUCGCCGGCCACUUCUUCCCCCUCACCCGCCGGCACAGCCGGCCACCGUGGUCUCCUCCUCCUCCUCGGCGGCGGCGGCGGGGUUCCCUCUCCUUUCAGGGCCCAAGAUGAUUUCGUCCACAGUGACAUUGGAGAAUACGACCACAAUCCGUACCGACGACGUUGUUGCCGCCGGCGUCGAUGCGGCCAUGGACAGAGCAACGACGCGCUCCCGGCCUUCCUCAAGCACAACGAGUUCAUCAUCGACUACUACCACAGGGAGUGGCCCAUCAAGCAGUCGCUCCUCAGCGCCUUUGCCGACGACAACGAGACUAUCUUCUAGAUGAAAGCACUCGAUCGAUCAGAGCACGUACUCCGUAUUAGCUAGAGACGACAUAGUGCAGGUUGUGUGCUUCGAUUGACAAGUGUGUUUUUCCUUUUGUUGUAUCUUGGCAGGCCUUUGAUCGGCAUGUUCCUCGCGCUCACCGUGUGCACCGCCACGAUUAUUCCCAUGGAAUCCUCCGUGUCUGCUAGCUUGGCGACGUCUAAGAAGAUGGCCAACAACACCGGCCGGCAACCCAAUGGUAUUUGAUGAUGAUGAGCUAUGGCAUCCACGGGGCGGUCGCGGCGGUGCAGGCUCUGCGCAACGUCAUCGCCGACGCCUACGCACACUACCUGGCCACCUCAACUAGAGGGACAGGGCACUGGGCAAACGGGGCACACGGCGACGGUUCCGACGAGCUUGAGCGGGGAGGGGUGGUGGGGGAUGGUGGAUCGGAGUGGACCGGGGCGCGGCGUCGAGCUCCCGUCCGCGUGCGGCUGCGACUCGGCGGCAACCGGCUCGCCGGCCUCCUCUUCCCUCUCUCCCGCCGGCACAGCAGGCCGCCGUGGUCUCCUCCUCCUCCUCCUCCGCGGCGGCGGCGGGCGGCGUCGAACUCCCGUCCAUGUACGGCUGCGACUCGGCGGGCGGCAGAGCCAAGCGGAGGACGCCACAGCCUCCUCGUCGUCGUCUUCUGGCGCGCAGCGGCGCGAAGCCGGCGGGGCGGCGCCGAGCAGGGGGCGGACGGGUGGACGGCGGCGCGAAGCCGACGGGACGGAGUGGGGCAGCGGCGGGCGGACGCGCGGGUGGAGUCUUCUUGAGGUCGUCGUCCCCGGCGGCGCCGUGACCGUGGCUAGAGAGGGGAGAUGAGGAGAUGGGAGAGGGGAGGAAGAAGAGGUGGGUGAGAAUGACACGUGGGGCCCACGUGGGCCCCACCAUUUUUAUUAAUUUGUAUGUGAAACUGACAUGUGGGUCCCACGAGGUUUAAUAUUUUUCUGGUUAGAAUUGUCAAGUCAAUGCCACGUGGGACAAAGACCUAGUCAAAGAGCCAUCUAGACGACGCGUCGGCCAUCGGUCUGACCGACAAAUAGGGGGACCUAAAGUUAACUUAUUCCAAAUCGAAAUGAAUUGAUCAAGGGCACGGUGGACCCGGCCCACGCGGCCCGCGCUCCUCGCUCGCCGCGUACUAAACUUGGAAACCAAUGGCCCCACCCAGAUCCUGUGACCCCACCACCGCCACCGCUCACCUCCCCUCUCCCCUCUCCUACACCCCACCCAAUCCUCACCGUCCACUCCCAACCGCAAAACCCCACGCGUCAGUGCCCGCACGAAUCUCCAAGCUCCCCCCUUCUCUCUCUUCCCUUCCUUCUCCGCGGCGGCGGGAGCACGGGCGGUGAGACGUUCGCCGUCGACGCUGCUCCAUCCUCCUUCCGGAACCUUCUAGAAGGUUCUCCUCGUACCACGCGGAGGUGGGGAGAUGGGGGUGGCGGAGCUUCCGCGGGUGAUGGACGCGCUGGCGCGGCGGGCGAGCACGCUGCGGGACGCGCUGGGGAGGAGCCAGGGGAACACGGAGAGCACGGUCGCCAUCCUCGGGUCCUUCGACCACCGCCUCUCCGCGCUCGAGGCCGCCAUGCGCCCCACCCAGGUGAGGACGCACGCGAUCCGGAUGGCGCACGAGAACAUCGACAAGACGAUCAAGGCCGCCGACGCCAUCCUCUCCCAGUUCGACCUUGCCCGCCGGGCUGAAGCUACGAUACUGAGGGGCCCCCAUGAGGAUCUGGAGGGCUACCUAGAAGCUGUGGAUCUGCUGAAAAGCAUUGUUUGCUUCUUCGCCUCGAACAAGAGCCUUAAGAACAACGAUGGACUUCUGAAUCGCGUCAACAAUAUAUUGUCCAAGUCUGCUCUCAAGAUUGAGGAGGAAUUCAAGCAGCUGAUGACUACAUACAGCAAACCUAUUGAACCUGAUCGCCUAUUUGAUUGCCUUCCAAAGCCUCCACGAGCACCAAAAGAUGACAAUGAUGCUGAUGGAGGACACACUCACUCUGAACAUCCAUCCAAAGGCUUGGAGACUGGUAUAUGUAGGACUCCAACCCUGAUGCCCCCAAGAAUAUUACCACUUCUGCAUGAUAUAGCUCAGCAACUCGUUCAGGCUGGAAAUCAGCAGUCAUGCUAUAGAAUCUACAGAGACUCUCGCGGUUCGGCUUUAGAAGUGAGCUUACGGAAACUGGGCGUAGAAAAGCUUAGUAAGGAUGAUGUGCAAAGAAUGCAAUGGGAAGCCUUAGAGGCUAAAAUUGGAAACUGGACCCAGUUUAUGCGAAUUGCGGUCAAAUUAUUACUUGCUGGAGAACGGAGAAUUUGUGACCAGGUUUUUGAUGGUAUUAAUUUCAACAAGGAUCAAUGUUUUGCUGAACUGGCAGGAAGUAGCGUAUUGACACUUCUCAGUUUUGGAGAUGCUGUUGCUAAAAGUAAAAGAUCACCUGAAAAAUUAUUUGUAUUGCUAGACAUGUAUGAAGUAAUGCAUGAACUCCAGCCAGAGGUUGAAGAAAUUUUUGAAGGCAGAUUUUGCUCUGAGAUGCGGGAGGCUGCAUUAGGCUUAACUAGGCGCUUGGCACAGACAGCCCAAGAAACAUUUGCUGAUUUUGAGGAGGCAGUUGAAAAGGAUACUUCCAAGACUAUUGUGCAGGAUGGGACGGUCCAUCCUUUGACUAGCUAUGUUAUUAAUUAUGUCAAAUUUCUAUUUGAUUAUCAGUCAACACUGAAGAUACUCUUUCAGGAAUUUGAAACUGGCAGUGAGACUGAAUCUCAACUUGCAGUUGUUACAAUGAAGAUAAUGCAAGCCCUUCAGAAUAACUUAGAUGGGAAAUCUAAGCAGUAUAAGGAUCCUGCAUUGACCUAUAUAUUUCUUAUGAACAACAUUCACUAUAUGGUUAGAUCUGUCCGCAGAUCAGAAGCCAAGGAUAUACUCGGUGACGACUGGAUUCAGAGGCACCGUAGGGUUGUACAGCAAAAUGCCAACCAGUACAAAAGGGUUGCAUGGGCAAAGAUUCUUCAGACACUCUCUGUUCAAGCUACUGGUUCAUCACCAGCUGAACUUAGUAGCAGCGGAGUUUCAAGAGCUAUGAUCAAAGAGCGAUUUAAGUCCUUCAAUAUGCAAUUUGAAGAGCUUCAUGCUAAGCAAACUCAAUGGACUAUACCUGAUCAAGAAUUGCGAGAAUCUCUGAGACUUGCUGUUGCUGAAGUUCUCUUGCCAGCCUAUCGGUCUUUCAUCAAACGUUUUGGAAAUCUCGUUGAACAUGGGAAGAACCCAAAUAAGUAUAUCAGAUACUCCCCAGAGAAUAUAGAUCAGGCUCUGGGUGAGUUUUUUGAUGGACAGCAAUUUGGUGAACAAAAGCGAUAAACAUCAAAGCUGGAGAAAGGGAAGAGCACUGCUAAUAAGUUCUGCAGGACAACUUCCAACAAGAAAUUCUACAACAACUAACUUUAUUUUCCUUCAUCAAAUAUGUGAUGCUAAAUUACUUAAAUAGCAUAAUUGUAACUCCAUAUGAUGCCAUUCUGGCAAGAUCCAACGUUUUUUCAUUAUUUUUGACUGGCUAUCCUUCCAGGUUACGCUGGAGAAGGCAUUACUCACUUAGCGCUGUUAUAGUUUUUUAUUUUAUGAAAUUGUCUCUGUUUUGGAGGUAAUAUCAGUUCCCUUUUUUAUUUAUAAUUUACAGAUCCAUUUUGUGUUA